GUCGGUGAUCUUGUAAUCUGAGAAAUAAUUUUUGUAUGUUAUUUUGAUAUUCUAAAAUUAAUAUUGCUCAGCUUUACAUGUUAGAAUAUGGUAGUUGACUUUGUGCAGUUGGUAAUGUUCAACCCAACUCCAACCCCAACGUAACUCUGAUCCCAUGGAAACAGGCAAGGCAACUUAACUCUAACCCGACUCUGACCCGAUUUGGACCCUCGAUGGAAACGUAGUCACAGAAGAUUCGUUUGACUGGUAGUAAUACCAACACUAUAAAACAAAAAAACAGUCGCAAUAAAAGUAAUUGUACGGCAACUUCAUCAUCAACUUACCAUACUGUCAACGAAACGUCGAAAAUGUGGGCAAAACGUACGAAUAGUGAUGAAAUUUUAUCGAGUUUAUUAUAACGAUUAAGUCAUGCAAUCAUGUGGUCGAAGAAACAUGAAACGAUGACCCGCGAUGAAUGCAGAAAAUGUUUACGAUGUUUAGAGUUGGAUGCUUAUGGAAGUAUGGUAUCUGUCCUACGUGCUCAAGGCCCUUUCACUAAUGAAAAACAAAAAUUAUUACAAGAACUUGCUAAAGUUUUACAUAUUUCAAAUGAAAGACAUCGUGCUGAAGUCCGAAGAGCUGUUAACGAUGAAAAGUUAGCAACAAUAGCUGAACAGUUGAAUGGUCCAAAUACUGGCACAGAUUGGACUAUAGAAGGUCGUCGUGUUAUUCCACUUUUACCAAGAUUAAAAGCUCGAUCUGCUUUUACAACGAUAGCAAAUAGCUUGGCCCUUGCAACGGUAGCAGCAAACAGAAGAAACUUCCCUGUUCAUGAAAAAACGGAGGAUGCAAAAGAUACUAAAAAUGAAUCUCCAGCGAAGAUGAAAGUUCAAGAAAAAUUGCUUAAUAAUUCCGAAUUUUUACUUAAUGAAGAUAAAUCAAGUGAUGAAAAUAUGGAAUUAAAUAAAGAUAAGGGGGAAAGUAAUGAGAGUAAUAAUUUCGAGAUUAGUGAAAAAUGUAAUGUUUCUGAAAAACGUAAACCUUCUUCUCCUUUACAAUCUCUUCCAAACAAGGUUUUAGUAGUAUCUUCAAGUUCAGUAGGAACUCUAAAUCAUAGUACUGCUGAGAAAGGAUCAUUUGAAAAUACUCUUCAUUUAUCACAAAUACCAACAAAUUCAUUACAGCAUCAAAAUGUUACAAUAAUACCACUUAAUAUUAAUCGUGGAGAAAACACUACAGAUUCAAAGGAAUCGACAGUGCAAGAAAGUGGUAGUAGUCAGUCAGUGAGAUCAUCUGGCAAUCAUAUGAAUGCAGUAAUUCCAGUAGGUACAACGAAUAUUACAAAAACUAAGGGGAAAAUAAUUACAACCCAAAAUAAGCUUAAUACAAAAAUUGGAGCUGCAAUUUUAAUGUCUAAUAAUGUGUCAUGUGCAUCAGAAAAUAAUGUACAAUCUGAUUCUCAGGAUAUAUCGAACCAGGAUAGUUUAAAUUCUAAAGUACCAUCUAUAACCCAUAACUUACAAAAGACAUCAAACAUUGAGAAUUCAAAUUCAGUUGGUAGCCAUGCAAAACGCAUUAUCCCAUUAAUACAUCCUAAUGUAAAACCUUCAAUAACUAAGACUAUUACAUCAAAUAAUUCACAUCAACUUAUGACUGUAAACCCUGUUACAACUGUUUCCAAUGGACCAGGACCACCCCAAGCUAAACAAGUAGCAACAUUAACUUGUAAAAAGUUGCCUACAACACUCAGUAAUCAAACCACUGCCAAAAUGGGUGUUACAUUAAACUCUAAUACAACUGUAAAUAUAGCUCAUCAUUCAGAUACGAAAUUAGGAUCAAAAACGAACGUGAUUGUUAUACAAAAGGGUCAAACCAAAGGUGUAACUCUUUCUCAUGGAGGCAAGGAAGUAUUAGGAACAAUGAUAAUGGGUGCAAAGGGUUUAUGUGUCACAAGUCAACAUAAUGCCUCUAUUAGUGUGCUACCGCGUCAUAUUACACUCAAUAAUGGAGAUCAAGCUGUAACUAUGUUAUCUACAACUAAUUCAUCUCAUACAGAAUCUGUAACGUCUAAUAUAAAGUCUGGUAAUACCAUUAUGUUCAAUCUUCGUCAGGAUGUUAUAGAAAAAAGUAAAACAUUAUCUCAUCUCUUUGAAUCAGCUACUGCUCUUACCUCUGAAUCUAAGACUGUGAUACAAAAUACAAAUACUCGUCUUUCGAAAGAACCAAGUAACAAUGAUUUACAUGUACAGGAUAAAGAAUUAGUUGUAAAAACUGAUGCUAUAAUUACUACUGUUAAAGAUGAAAAACACAGGUCAGUUUGAAACUAUCGAAAUGUAUUACAAAAUUGUUGUUAAAAAGUGCAUGUAAUAUCAACAACUAACUUUAUAAUUACUUUGAAAACCUUUUGUAAAUUAUUCAUUGUAAAUUAAUAAUAUGUUUUAUGUGCAAAAUAUUUUGCAAAUUGAAAUAUAUCCAAAAACGUAAGCUUCUUAAUAGACUUAAAAAGUGUAAAUUUUUUACGACAUUAAUGAAUACGAUUUACCGCAUGCAUAAUGAAAAUACUACUACAAAUGAUUUGAAAAUAAAAUAUAAAUUAUUUUA